UUUGAUUAAAAAUUUGUUUUUUAUAAAUACAAAUGAAUGAAGAAUAGGGUGUCACGCACAUCAUCAUCACCAGCAUCAUUGUUGUUAUCAAUGGCUGCACCAAGGAGUUUAGUAGUAGAUACUGAGAGGUUGCUUACAAGGGAUGAGGAAAAGAAUUUAGAUUCACCAACUGGUAAAAGGUAUAAAGAAGGGAAAUUUCCAUUGUCAAGGUGGGAGUUUGCAGCAGCUUUAGGUGUAUUUGUGGUGUUCUCAAUAGGGCUGUUUUCUAUAUAUUUGACAAUGCCAGCUGCUGAGUAUGGGAAACUUAAGUUGCCUCGUUCGCUUUCUGAUCUUCGGUUGCUCAAGGAUAAUAUUGGAACAUAUGCCAAAGUUUACCCUGCGAAAUUCAUUCUGGGUUACUGCUCAACAUACAUAUUCAUGCAGACAUUUAUGAUUCCUGGGACGAUAUUCAUGUCCUUACUUGCUGGAGCACUUUUUGGUGUUUUCAAAGGGCUUUUCUUGGUUGUCUUUAAUGCUACAGCUGGUGCAUCAUCCUGCUUUUUUCUGUCUAAAUUAAUUGGCAGGCCUGUAGUUAACUGGUUGUGGCCUGAAAAAUUGAGAUUCUUCCAGUCAGAGAUAGCCAAGCGUCGGGAUAAGUUGCUCAACUAUAUGCUGUUCUUGAGAAUAACUCCAACAUUGCCAAAUCUUUUCAUCAAUUUGGCAUCUCCAAUCGUGGAUAUACCGUUCCAUAUUUUCUUCUCGGCCACACUGAUUGGUCUCAUUCCAGCCGCAUAUAUUACAGUCAAGGCCGGCCUAGCCCUUGGUGAGCUGAAGUCAGUCAAAGAUCUAUACGAUUUCAAGACCUUGUCUGUGCUCUUCCUCAUUGGUUUUAUCUCGAUAUUACCUACCAUCCUGAAGAGAAAGAAAAUAUACGAAUAGAGCUCCUCCCAGGAGGCCAAUUGGAUCCUCUUGGAAAGUAACUUAUAGAAAAUAUAGUUUAAUUUUAUUUUUAGAGCAAAUCGGAGAGGCAGAACUUAGUGAUAGGUCUAUAUUUUCUAUAUGGCACCUGAAAUCCACAUUUAACUGCCCAAUGUGUUGGGAGUAUAGUGGAAAAUGUUGUGUUUUUUACCAAUUCCUUAUGUUUUUACCCUGUCAUUCGUUGUCCGACCCAAAAUUACCAGUAGUAUUGUUUAAUGUAUUGUCAAAUGUAGCAGAUAGAUAUUUUUAUGGAUUCUGAUUCAAAAAUUCAUCUUAGUCAUCUUAA